AUGCAGCGCCCCACCCUCACCCAUGUCCACAUCCGCCAUGCCGCCGACGCCCACAAGCUUUUCUACGCCGUCCAGCUUGGCCUCCUGCCCAAAAUCGAGAAGCGCCUCGACGCGAACGAGCGCGCGGCGCUGCGCCCGGGAGACGUCUAUGUGUGGGAAGAGAAGGGCCCCAACUCGGACUCGUUCAGUGUCAGCAUGGAGCGGUUCACAGAGGGCAAGUCCUGGACGGCGUCGCGUGUCCGCGAGGACUUCCUCAUGUAUUUCGAGAGCCCGCGCAAAGGCAAGGGCAACGCGAGAACCUCCGAAAACCAAGUCGUCCGCCCCGGAGAGCAGGAUCUCUACAUCAAGCUCACCUACUCCGUCAUCCGAGAAGACGUCGGUCGCGACGCCGGCAACUCUAAGGACGCGGAGGACAAACAGAAGAAGCCACCAAAAUGGCACAUGAACGCCUAUUUCACAAAGUUGACGGAAGGCCAGCUGCGCACGAUCGACGAAAUUCCGAUGCUCCGUGAGCUCACCGUCCCUGAUAACAUCUUCCGGAGUGCCCGCACCACCAAGCCGAACAAGCGCAGCGAAGGUUCGCGUAACGCGACUUCGACUGUCAAGCGUAUGUACGCCCCCUUCCCGCCGCACCCUUCCCGUCGGCUGCACGAGACCCCUCCGCCUGGCUCCCUCAUGUCCGGACCCAGCAUGGCGUCAAGUUCUGCCAUCCCAUUAAGCGGCGUUCCUGAGGUCUUCCCUCCACCCCCGGCUUCGAUACCCCUCCAUCCAUCCAUCCAUCCCGCACCUCCGUUCUAUCCCGAGCUCCCGCAGCAGUCGUCUUCCCUUGCCUCAGCGCUCUCGCCUCCCAUACACAUGUUCUCUCCUCAAGAGCAGAAGCCUGCGCUCACACCCGUGGUCUCCUCCCUGCCCUCCUUCUCCGCGUCGCUCUCGCUGUCUCAUCCGUCGCCUCUAUACGGGUGGGCGAACAACGCGGACUCGUCAGGGACUGGCAAUCCGGUGCGCGGACAUUCCCCAGCAUCAUCAGAACGCUCGGUGCAGUCCUUUCGUUCCGUCCACCUAUCUCCCAGCCUUUCCAGCGCGUCAACAUCCUCACUAGACUCGCCGAUCAUGGCGCAGACGCCGCCGCUCUGGGAUAACGGAGAGCCGUACCAACCUGCCCCCCAGCUCCCGACGGCGAGCUCGAACCCGAUUGGCGUCGACCUCGCGCCGCUGGAGACGCUUCCGCGCAACAACCCAUACCGAAGAAGCUCCGUCGACGAUCGAGCCCUACGCCUGCUGGCAUCAGGCGGGCACUAG